AUGAAAAUUAGAUUAAUAAUUUCUGAUGACACAAAGUUAGAGCCAACACCAACAAUUUCAGUUGAUAGAAUCAUUGCUGAUCCUAAAGAAUUGUUCCCGAUUACAGUUACUCCAACAAAAAGCAAUACUUUAUAUACAAUUGCAAGUUACAGUAUUGACGAAUAUAGCGGAUACAGGUAUAUCCAUGGUAAUUUCACAUCUAAGGAAGCGGGAGUUCCAGAAACGAUUAACAUCACGUUUGAUCGCAAUCAGAAUUAUCUUAUCAGGGGCAUCUAUGUGUAUUCAGAAUUUUCAGCGGUUUCAGAACCAGUUUAUAUAACAAUUGUUUCACCACCACAAUCAUAUUAUAUCGAAAGUGGAUCCAUGACUUUGAAAUUUAGUACCAAUAGUAGUAAUCAGUAUAUUUAUUGCAUAUUUAAUGAUGCCUAUGAAGACAGAAUUUAUUCGUAUUACUAUCAGGAGAAUGGUGUUUACACUAUAUCAUUUAAUAUUCCAACUCACCGUAGUUAUAUUAAUAAUGGUGAAAAUACGGUCAGAUUAUAUAUUUCAGGCAUGAACACUGAAAUAAAGAGCUUCACAAUCAAUGUUGACUACUACCAUCAACUUGAAUUAUCAUCGUCCGUGCAAUCCAACACAUUCUCAACCAAAAAACCAAUGAAUGUAACUGUGAAUUUGACAAUUAUGAGUUCACCAAAUAACAUGAUUACUCUUAGUCAUUAUCGUUAUAUGCGCUAUCAAGAAGUAUAUACAGAGCUGGCAAAUUUCACUACAACUGAUUCUAACGGUAAAUUUCAAUAUCAAUAUACUAUUAAUAUCGAUCCAUCCACACGUGAAUUUGGUAUAUAUGAGUCAGAAGGAUUUCAAGUUAAGGAUAUAUAUGGAUCUGCCCGUUCCAUUAGUGUUACUAUAUAUAUUCAACCACCAUCCUUAGAUUUAUAUGGUUAUGGAAGUGGUUAUAACAUUGCUGCAGAAAGAGGAGCAUAUUUCAACUUCAGCGGCCAAUUAGAUGGCUAUACACCGAACACAGUAUUCAAUAUUGCAUAUGGUAGAACUAAUUCUGAAAACGUGAUAAAUUACUAUUCCAGAAAACUGAAUGAAGAAAACCAGGAAAUGACAGAUAGUUAUAUCAAAUCCCAACAACGGAGGCUGGUUAAACAAAGUGAAUAUCCAUAUGAUAUCUCUGGAUUCUUACAACAAUUUGAAUCGUAUCCUUGCCCUGAAACACGCGAACCAAUAGAAUACACAACUUUAUCUAAUCCUGUUACAAUCGAUGAUUCCUACAAAUCAGAAUAUUUCAAUAUAUCUGACCAAAUAAGUCAAGAGUCGUCUGAAUAUGAAGUGUAUUUUGUCAAUGCGACAUCUCAAGACGGAAGCAUAUCAACGUGCCGAAGUUUUUAUGUUAAUGUCCAAACAAAACCAGAAAUUUUUAGUGCUACAUUACUUAAUGAUGUUGUUACAAUUGGACAACCAUUACAAUUCAAUAUUUCCUAUAAUUCAUCCAAUUCCGUGAAUUUAGAAAUGAGUUUUAAUAACUCAUUAUUUAGUUAUGCUUAUAGUCGUUCUUCUAAUGGACUUUUUUAUGUGGAAUUCCCAAUAAUUCCGUUAGCUGGCCUUAAUAAUUACACAGUAAAUUUCGAGGGAGAAUAUUCAGUCGAAGAAAUUAUCAGACACAUAACUCCAGGCAAUUAUGAUCUUAAAAUCAGACUAACAUCCAGUGCUCUAAUUAAAUCUAAUGAAGUUCAGCUUAGACUAACAGUGUCAGAUCAAAUUCUUCCAUACUUCGAAGUUUACUUUUAUUCAGAUGAAAUGACUUUUCCAAUAGGAUUAAUUGAGAUGAAUUGUGGCCUUGUUAAACUUCUCCCAUGCAAUGUAACAAUACAUGGCUCGUGGAAUGGACAAGAACCAUUCACAAUCCAAACAAUUAACUUAUAUGAAAUGCAGCGAUUUUAUGAUCCAGUAUAUUUCAAUUCUCCUAAAGAAGAAGGUCAGUACACAUUAGAUUUAUGGUUAACAACAGAUACAGGGUAUAAAUCCAUUAAAAAUCUAACAUACACAAUGGAAUUCCUCGAACAAGAAACUCCAACUGAUGGAACACCUAUAGGAACAGAUGUUGAAACGCCUAUAGGAACAGAUGCUGAAGAGAACCCAGAACCAACACCUGUUCCAACUCCACUCCCGUCUCCAACUCCAUAUAUAAAUUGUCGAACUGUUCCAAGUAGCAUGCGUGCUGAUGCAGCUCUUUUAUUCUCAUGUGAUGUUAAAGGACUUGAAAUUAAUGAAAUAAUCACCUUAAUUACAGUUUUUUCAGGAGAUAAUGGUGAUGUUUAUUAUAAAAACUUCACAGAUCCAGACCUCAAAUCUAAUAAUGAUUAUUACUAUCAUAUUGAUUAUAAUGCCGAUGUUAAAUUUAUUGAAAGAUAUACAAAGUAUUGGAUUAAUGUUUCAGCAACUGAUGGAAUAACUACAACUCCGAUUUGGAGAGAUUAUAUUAACAUUUAUCCAAUAGCACGCUUUAAUUCAUUGGGUUUAUCUAAGUCAGAAGUAUCUUUUGGAGAAUCAAUUGAUAUAGUAGCAAACAUUUCUCUAUCAAUAUCAGGCACAGAUAUUUACUAUACAUUUGACAAUGACACAGAUUCACGCCAAUCAUUUUAUGUAUCAAUGAAUAGCUAUUCUUCGACUUUCACACGAACAAUUUCUCUUAGUCAAUUUUACUAUAGUGGCAUUCACAAUAUUACAAUAUCUAAUGGAUAUGGAGUUUAUCAAGAUGAACAAGUUUUUAAUUUUACAAUAUUAGAAAAUCAUGCUCCAUAUAUCAAAGUUACUCCGAAAUACACAGGCGAAAAAUUCUAUAUGAGUAAUUCUUCUGCAAAAUAUCAGAUACAAUGUACAGAUUUCAACUUAGAUCAAGAGAAUAGUAUAUAUGCCGUAGCCGACAGAAAUCUUCCUGAAUUAGUAGCAACUAUUACUCCUAAUAGAACAUUUAUUAAUGCUGACUAUCAAUACUAUUAUCCAAUGGUUAGUGCACAUCAUGUAAUAAAGUUCUAUACAAUUGAUACAGCUGGUGCACAGUCAAGCAUUUUGACAUAUGAGUUCGAUGUUGAUGUAAAUCCAAGUGUCUGUGUUGUGAAUUUCCCUGACAAACAGUACUACGAAGUCAAUUCAUAUUUCUUAGUUGAUCUCUAUUUCUAUAACUUCAAUCCAGGUUCGGUUGUUAAUCCAAUAUAUAUACUUGAAGAUAGAAUUGAACUUCCUGAAAAUAUCACAAUUUACGAUAAUUUCUCAUCUGAAAUUAUAUCAAUAAAUAUUUCUACAUAUGUUGAUGGCGUAUAUCGUCAUUGGAUUGACAUAUUUGGAAAAGAUAAUACUGGAGUUGAAUCAAGUAGAGCUUCUUAUUAUAUAUUAGUCAGUAGUAAGCCAGAAAUUAGGUAUAUUGAACCAUUAAAAGAAGAAUACAGUGUUGGUGAAACAAUUGCAUUUAAUAUUUUCUUUAUGGGAACAAGUUAUAGUUUUCUUUAUUAUAAAUAUGAUGACCAAUCAUGGCAAAAAAUUAAUUAUGAAGAAUAUUCAGAUAGAAAGUUUGUUUGGAUGAAUCGAACAUUAUCAGCAAGAAAUGUUAAAAGAGUAUAUAACAUUUCAUUAAAAAUAGUUGAUUACUAUAAUAUUGAAUCUGAUAUAUACAAUUUUAGUUUCCGUGUAAACGAAAGACACGCUCCAGCAUUAACUGUUAGAACAAUUGAUAAUAAUAUGUACUUAAAUCUCUAUCAAGACAUCAGCUUCAUAUGCACAAUUAAUGAUCUUGAUGUUGGAAAUAGCGUUGAUUUACAACUUAGAAUUGAUGACUCUGAAUUUUCUUCAAUAUACAAUUUUGUUUCUGAUGGAAGUGAAAAGGUUUUUGUUUAUAAUUAUUCAGGACCAAAGAAAAUAGGUUCUACAAAAUUCACAUUUAAAGCCAUUGAUAACACAGAACUAUCAAUAAUUACUGAGAAAGAACUUAGAUUGUCUAGAAGACUUGGUUUUGCAUAUACAAAAUUAUUCAAUAAAGAUAAAUUUGAAGGAGGCGAAACAAUAACUUUCACAGGAUUUGUCAAGGAUUAUGACAUAAACUCAAAUGUUAGUGUUUACUAUAGAAUUAAUAGCGGAAAUUAUAUCCAAUUAUCCGAUUUUCUCGUCAUCGGCAGUAAUUAUAGGUCCCAAAAUAUAACGUUUAAUAUCACAAUUCCAAAUAUCUACGGUAAUAACUAUAUAGAUUUCUAUACUUUGAAGCAAGAUGAAGAGACAUUCAAAUCAGACUAUAAUUCAUUUAGUUUCCAUGUAAACAAAGCCCCAAUACUUCUUGAUUGGGCUUCAUUUGACAAUCCAUAUUUCAAGAAUUCAUAUAUUGUAAUUAAUGCUACAGUUUAUGAUGAUUAUGCUGUAUAUUUGCUUUAUAAAUUUAACUCUGGAUCAUUUACCGAAGGAAGUGAAACAUUUUAUUUGAAUGGAAAACCAAACAUAACAGCUUCAUAUGUUAUCCCAUUACCAACAAAUCUUGUUCAAGGAACUAAUACUAUAUCUAUUUAUUUCCGAGAUGAUUAUCAAAUAGCAACUGAAACAAGGACAAAAGAAUUCACUUAUGAUACAAGAUCUGCUCCAGUAAUUGAGGUUUAUAAUGAAAAGACAUCAAACUAUAUGUUUUAUGAAAAUGUGACAUUGAAUGUUUCAGUAAUUGACGAAAUAGCUGAAAAUAUAAUCAAUGUUUCACUCUUCCUAGAUAAUGCAAAUCCAUUACAAAUAUACUCAGUAAAAUCUGAUGGAGUUAAACACAAUUUCAUUUAUACUGCGCCUGUUCCAUUAAGAAAUGGGAACCAUUAUUAUAUAUUCUCAGCAGUUAGUAGUAUUGGCGCUGUAUCUGUAAAUGUUACUAACAGUAUUUAUGUGGAAAGGCAUGAUUCUUUAAUUAUUACAAAACCACCUGAAAAACAUUAUGUACCUGGCUCCGUUGUUAAAAUUGAAGGAUUUGCAGUUGAUCUUUAUCCAGGAACAUAUUUCCAAAUUAACAUUCAAACCAGUCUCGAUUAUAGAAGGAAAGCUGUUACUGAUACUAUGGUUAUCAAUGACAGAUAUAGGUCAGAUAAUUUCAAUUUCUCUAUUAUAUUGCCAUCAUACUCUUGCAAGUAUACUUUUUGGGUUUAUGCUUUAACCACAGGAAACUCCGAUAGUUAUUCAAAUACAUAUGAAAUUUAUGUGGAUAAACCCCCAGUAAUUAAUGAUUGGAUUAAUUUCAAAGAACAAUAUGCUUUAGGAGAGUAUAUUAAUCUUGAACUAAUAGUAACAGAUGAUACUCGUGCAAAAGUCAGAUAUUGCUAUGACGCAUCUACUUUCCGAGACAGAUAUUGCUAUCUUACUGAUUACAUAAACAUGAAUUUCACUGUGCCUCACGAAAUCCAAGCACAGGCAAGAAUUCCUGACGAACUUGAUUUUAUUGAACAUACAAUGAGUAUCCAAAUUAUAGAUGAGUAUCAAUCCCCAUCGAAUAUUCUUGAGAAGAACUUCACAUUAACAAGAUCACAUGCUCCAACUCUGAAGGUUACUCCUCUUGCAAAGAAGCUGUAUCAUUUCUCAGAGAAAAUUUACAUCACAGGAAAAGUCCAAGAUAUCGAUAUAGGAGAUAUCAUAUUUAUUCACUACAAAGUUGAUGAUAACCAAUAUUCGGAACUUGCUCAUUUCCCUGGUAACACACUUCAGCAGGAUUUCUCCGGAUUUGUUAAAGUUCCACUAUCAAAUGGUAAACACUCAAUUAGUAUUAAAGCGUUUGAUCAAACAUCAUCUACAUCAAGCGUUAUUAGGUAUGAAUUUGAUGUCAGGAGAGAGCCAGGUAUUGAUGUUGUUUCUCCAUACAAACAGUAUUACGAACCAAACGAAACAGUAACAAUUCAAGCUAUUGUUUAUGAUCAUAUUGAAGGAUACCCAAUCAAAGUUUACUAUAACUUUGACAAUGAAAACAAACAAUUUGCAGCAGAAACAACAAUCACAGAAACGAUGAAUUCUACUGUUUUCACGUUUGAAAUUACAAUUCCAGACUCGUUGAACGAUCACUAUUUAAUCAUAUUUGGCAAGGAUAGUCAAGGUGCAUUAACAACAAACACCUACAGCCACUAUAUCGAAGUUAAUGCUCCACCAGUUCUUAUUCUCAACAAGAUGAUUGACGACUAUUAUUACAAGCCUGCAUCAAUCGAGAUCAAUCUUGGAAUAUAUGACAACAAAGUGGCAACUAUUUACUUGACAACUGACACACAAAGUGAUGUUGCAAUAUUCAACAAUAUUGAAUCAUAUGGACGCGUCAUUAAUAAAGUAUAUUAUUACACAAUUGAUUCCAAUGAAGAUAAGACAUUUGAAUUGAAAGUUUAUUCCAAAGAUAAAUUUAAUGCAAUAUCUAAUAUGAUUACAAAGACGAUUCAUUACAGCUCAUCGAAGUCAACACCAGUUUUAACAGUUGUAAGUCAUAUCCAAGAUGGAUUGUCAUCAAACGAAGCAAAAAGAUUCAGUGAUAUGCUCAAGCUGACGGCCAAAGUAAUGGACAGUAAUGCUGAUAACCAAGUUCAACUACUUUACAAGUUUGAUAAUGAAGAGACAUUUACAAGCUAUGCAAAUUAUGUUUCAGACGGAACUGAAAAAACAUUCGAAGUUGAAAUUCCAUGCAUCAAAGUCAAUGGUGCUCACAAUAUCACUUUGAUUGCAUUGAACUCAGAAGGCGUAUACUCAAGACCAUACACAUUCGAAUUCGGUGUCUAUCAAUCUCCUGCAAUGUUGUUUAGAACUCCACCAUCCACAAAUUACAAAGUUAAUGACACUAUAACAAUUGUUGGUUAUGGUGCUGAUUUCUAUAUUGGAACAAACCUCGAUGUCUACUUCAAAUAUGACAACAAGCCUACAGAACUAAUUGGAACAGUUACAAUUGGUAAUAAUUACAUCUCAAAUGAUUUCACUGUAUUUAUUAAUAAUUCAGGAAGUUCUAGGAAUGUUCCAUAUGAGAUUUACUUCCAGAUUGAAAACAAAAUAUAUUCUAAGAUUUCAUCAUAUUUUAUCAUCAAUGCUCCGCCAGUGAUUACAUUGAUCAAUACACUACACAAUAUAUAUUACAUGAAUGAUCACAUUGAUAUUGACUAUAAAGUUUUUGAUGAUGGAUGGGCAUCUAUCUACUACAAGUUUGACGAAUAUCAAGAAACAUCUAUAUCAAAGAAUCUGAUAUUCAAUGGAAAUGCAUAUGUUUUCCAAGGACAAAUUCCAUUAGGAAGACUAUUAUUAGAGGGACCUCAUACUCUCAAGUUGUAUGCAGUUGAUAAAUUCUCUCUUAAAUCGAACGUGAUUGAGCACCCAUUCACAGUCUCAAAUUCAAACACAGCCCCAGAAAUCAUCGUUGACAGCUAUGAUGAAAAGCUGAUUCAUCGUUGGUAUGAAUCAUUAACAAUCAAACUGAGAGUUCGUAAAUCAGGAGGCGGAACUGUUGUAUUCAUGAGAAGAUUCAACUACUCAAAUCAAUUCGAAGAAAUUGAUAGAGUUGAAUCAACAGAAGAAUACAAAUCAUAUACCUUAACUGUCAAACUUCCACGUGUUGAUGGUGUUGUGGAUAUGAUUGUUGAAGCACGCGAUUUAGUUGGAGGAACAUCCUCAUUCAUCAAAAGCACAUUCAGGAUGAAGCGCGAGAGGAGCAUCAUAGAGAACACUUACAGCGGAGGAAUCAGACCUGGAGAUGUUGUUCAAAUCCGAGGCAUGGCAGUUGAUUUCGAUAAUGGAACAGCUCUUAAGAUCAACUACAAAUACCAAGCAAACUCAUUCAUCAGAACACUAAAUGAAGAUCAAGAGAUUGGUGAAUUUGUUGUUUCAGAAAACAUGACGACUCCUCCAUUUGAGUUUUCCAUUUCAGUACCAGAACGAGUUACAAGUCAGACAUUUAAUGUUUGGGCAAAACAAGGCUCGGAAAUUGUUGCCCAAUUCGACAACGGAUAUAAUGUCUUGAACAUGCGUCCAGAAAUAGUUCUUCUUAGACAAAUAAAGGAUCAAUACCCUGAAGAUGGCUUCAUUGAUAUCGAUUUCUUGAUUAAAGAUGAUACUAAAGCAAAAAUUAUAUAUAGAUUCGACGGUGGAGUAGAUAAGUAUUUGACAGACUUCUAUGAGUGCAACAACACUCAAAAGUAUGUUAAUUUCACGCAGAUCAGCCUUAAUGCAAGCAAGUUAUCAGUAGGUCAACAUACUUUAUCUCUAUUCGCAAGAGAUGAGCUUGGAUCAGAAUCCAUUUUAAUUGAUCGUAUUUUCUCAAUUGCUCAAGAGCAUGCACCAGUCAUGGAGAUUCUCGAAACAACAAAACUUGAUAACUACACAUCAUAUGAUCUCAUCACACUGCAUGGAAGAGUUAAAGAUGAAUCUGUUGGAAAGAAGAUCGUCGUUAAGUACCAACUCAACGGCGAAGGAUACAAGGAAAUCUACAGUACAACAUCAACUGGUGACUGGCAAUACUUCACUUAUUCAUUCACAGCGCCUAAAUCAGAUGGACUUUACAUCGCCACAUUCCAAGCAGAAAACUACAAGUAUUAUGGAUCCACAAUCUAUCAGAAAGAGCUCCAUACAACAACAAAAGUUCAAACUAGGUAUCUCCCAGCACUCCAACCAACUUAUCCAAACAGUGGAUCAGGAGGAGGAACUGGAGUUGGAAUUUCUCCGAUUAACUACGUUCCAGAUGGCUACACAUUGGAGAAAUUCAUUGAGAAACAGUUCUCAUAUACAAACAAAAGAUAUAAUAUCGGAUUCUUGGUGAAAGAAGGAACAACAUUCUACAUUGACAUCACAACAAUUCCAUCUGGUGUCAGUUUGGUUGACUACAUCAAAGAAAAGGUUUCAGACUUCAAUGGAGGAAAUGUCACCUUCACGCUUCUGGAUGAAAACAACAGCACAGUUGCAAAGUUCGUCCAGCCAAUUGUCUUCAAUCAGCCACCGACAUUCGAACACUUGAAUAAAGAUGAGUUCCCUAAAAAAGUAUACGGUCACACGUUCAUCAGCUUGGAUAUAAACAUCUUCGAUGAUUCUAAAGCCAAGAUGAUUUACAAGAUUGAUGACGGUGAAUAUAUGAAUCUGAGCAACUACCUUGCACUUUACAAUCGUUCGCAGUACAUACACACACAGAUUGAGAUCAAACCGAACACUCUUUCACUGACAAGUCACAAUAUUAUAUUAGCAGCUAUUGAUGAGUACGGUAUUAUGUCGAAUGUAAGCGAAUAUAGUUUCUUCUACUACAAAUUGAACACUCCAACCAUUGAAGAAAUCACAAUUAAAUUCCCAACUAUCAAUGGCACAGGUAGUGUUAGUGGUGGAAACAAUGGAGGAUCUGGCAGUGGCAGUGGUUCAGGUUCUGGAACAGGAAGCGGAGAUGGAUCAGGCUCGGGUUCUGGAUCAGGAAGUGGAUCUGGAUCAGGAACAGGAAGUGGAUCUGGAUCUGGAUCAGGAACAGGAAGUGGAUCUGGUUCUGGAUCAGGAACAGGAAGUGGAUCUGGUUCUGGAUCAGGAACAGGAAGUGGAUCUGGUUCUGGAUCAGGAACAGGAAGCGGAGAUGGAUCUGGAUCAGGAACAGGAAGUGGAUCUGGUUCUGGAUCAGGAACAGGAAGCGGAGAUGGAUCUGGAUCAGGAACAGGAAGUGGAUCUGGUUCUGGAUCAGGAACAGGAAGCGGAGAUGGAUCUGGAUCAGGAACAGGAAGCGGAGAUGGAUCUGGAUCAGGAACAGGAAGUGGAGAUGGAUCUGGCUCUGGUUCAGGAACAGGAACAGGAAGCGGAGAUGGAUCUGGUUCUGGAACAGGAAGUGGAGAUGGAUCUGGUUCUGGAUCAGGAACAGGAAGUGGCUCUGGUUCUGGAACAGGAAGCGGAGAUGGAUCUGGCUCUGGUUCUGGAACAGGAAGUGGAGAUGGAUCUGGCUCUGGUUCUGGAACAGGAAGUGGAGAUGGAUCUGGUUCUGGAAGUGGAUCUGGUACUAGUGGUGGCUCUGGAACUGGAGGUUCGAAUGUUCAAACACUUCCGAUAAUUACACCAGGUGCGAAUAUCUCAAUUAACGGUCAUUUCAAUGAUCAAGAUUAUGAUGAAAAUACAACUGUUUCUGUGAAGAAGAAUACCGAUGAAUUUGAAGUUUAUCAUGAAUGUCCAGUCAGUGCACGUCCAGAAUGUUUCUCAUUCGACUUCAAUUACUCUGUUGGUGACAAAUGUGGUGAAAACGUCAUCUAUGUUCAGAUCCGUGAUAGCCGAGGUGCAACAUCUAAAGAAUUUACAUUCCGCUACUUUAUUGACUGCGGCGAUGAUAAUGAUGGCAGCAAUGGUAAUGACAAUGGUAAUGGCAACGGAGGUGGAAAUGAAGGCGGAAAUGGAGGUGGAAGCAGCAGCCUUCCAAGAAGAUCUCCUGCUCGUUCACCUGUCCCUCCAUAUCCAAUUCCAACAAUGCUACCACACGACUAUACAGGAAGAUAUACUACAACAUACAUCAACACAUAUUUGCCGACAGUUACAUUUGACGAAAAUGGUUACUCAUAUAUUAUCUACUACAUGACAACGACCGAGUACAACAUCACAUUAAUUGAUGCACCGAACGAGAGUGUUGCUAUUGGUUUCUUGCAGACAACAUUUGGCAAGUAUGCCCUAUGGCCACUUAUUGCAAUCAUCACUAUUGGCAUCACAGCCGGUGUCAUCAUUUUCAUCAUCUAUCUGAAGAGGAAACAAGAAAAGUCAGAGAGCGAAACAGAAAACAUUGAGAUGGAAGCUGAAACUGUUCAAAUUUUCAGCACUACUAAUACAGAGACCACAAACGAUAAUCCUCUUUUCACUGUAUCAAUGACACAAAAGGAUGAAGACGACUUAUUCAAAGCAGACUUCGAAGACAGUGACGAUAAAUUUGUCAAUGACGAGAACGCUACACAGCGCGAUAAUAAUGAUAUCGGAAAUGAAGACAACGAAGAUCAAGACGAAGUUGUUGAACUAGAAAUUCUUUGA